CUCUUCUCUCUAUUUCUCCGUUCUCCUAUCGCCGAUCGAAGACGACCGCCGCCACCGCGCGACCGCCGCCAUGGGGAGGAAGCAGGCGUCGGACAACCCCUCCUCCGCUUCCGCCGCCGCCGGCAAGAAGGAGAAGCUCUCGGUCUCCGCCAUGCUCGCCGGCAUGGACAAGCCCAAGCCCUCCUCCACCGCCGCCGCCGCCUCCAAGAAAUCCAAGCCGAAACCCAAAGCGAACACCUACAUGGAUGAGCUUGAUAUGCCACCCACCAGCGAUGAUGAUGUGGAUGAAUCCGAUCUCGUCGACGCCGACAAGAUCCCCAAGGCAAAGACGCGGUCCGCCGUCACGGAGCUCUCCGCCGCCACACUUUCCAACAAGGAGCUCAAGAAGCGGGAGAAGAAGGAGCAUAUCGCUGCAGCAAAUGCCGAGCACGCCCGGAAGGAGGCCCUUAAGGAAGACAAAGACGUCUUCAACGUGGUCAUCGGCACCCGCGCCUCCGCUCUCGAUUCCGACGGCGAGGAUGCCGCCGCCGACGCCAACCUUCGGGAUAUUUCGAUCGAAAGCUUCACGGUGUCGGCCGCUGGCAAGGACCUGCUCAAGAACGCUUCUUUGAAGAUCUCCCACGGCAAGCGCUACGGCCUUGUCGGUCCCAACGGCAAGGGCAAGUCCACCCUCCUGAAGCUUCUCGCGUGGCGGAGGAUUCCUGUCCCCCGGAACAUCGACGUGCUCCUCGUCGAGCAGGAGGUGGUCGGCGAUGACCGGACCGCCCUUGAGGCCGUGGUCUCUGCCAAUGAAGAGCUCGUCAGUCUCCGGAAGGAAGUGGCCGCCGUCUCUGAGAGGCCGGAAGGGGAUGAGGAUGACGAGAACGGCGAGAGGCUUGCCGAAUUGUAUGAAAGAUUGCAGCUUUUGGGCUCAGAUGCUGCCGAGGCUCAGGCAUCGAAGAUAUUGGCAGGGCUGGGGUUCACCAAGGAGAUGCAGGUUCGCCCCACCCGAUCGUUCAGCGGAGGUUGGAGGAUGAGGAUUUCUUUGGCUCGAGCCCUCUUCAUGCAGCCGACCUUGUUGUUGCUCGAUGAGCCAACCAACCACCUUGAUCUCAGGGCCGUGCUGUGGCUGGAGGAGUAUCUGUGUCGGUGGAAGAAGACAGUUGUAGUGGUCUCUCAUGAUCGCGACUUCCUUAACACAGUCUGCAAUGAAAUCAUCCACCUUCAUGAGAUGAAGCUUCAUGUCUACCGUGGGAAUUUUGAUGACUUUGAGAGCGGGUACGAGCAGAAGCGCAAGGAGGUGAAUAAGAAGUUUGAGACAUAUGACAAGCAGAGGAAGGCUGCGCAGAGGAGCGGAAGCAAGGCACAGCAGGACAAGGUGAAGGACCGUGCCAAGUAUGUUGUGGCUAAGGAAGCUGCGAAGAGCAAGGGGAAGGGGAAAGGAGACAAUGAUGAUGACCUGCCGCGGGAUGUCCCCCAGAAGUGGAAGGACUACACUGUACAAUUCAGCUUUCCUGAGCCUACCGAGCUGACACCUCCCCUCUUGCAGCUCAUUGAGGUCAGCUUCAGUUAUCCCAGUAGGGAGGAUUUCAGGCUCUCGGAUGUUGAUGUCGGUAUUGACAUGGGAACAAGGGUUGCAAUUGUAGGGCCUAAUGGAGCAGGGAAGUCGACACUGUUGAAUUUGAUUGCAGGGGACUUGGUGCCCACUGAGGGUGAGGUGCGUAGGAGCCAGAAGCUGAGGAUUGGGAGGUACUCCCAGCAUUUUGUGGAUCUGUUGACAAUGGAAGAGAACCCGGUUCAGUAUCUUCUCCGUCUUCAUCCGGACCAGGAAGGUUUCAGCAAGCAAGAGGCUGUUCGUGCGAAACUUGGCAAGUUUGGCCUGCCGAGCCACAACCACCUUACUCCUAUUGCCAAACUAUCUGGUGGUCAGAAGGCGCGUGUUGUCUUUACUUCGAUUUCUAUGUCUAGGCCUCAUAUUCUAUUGUUAGACGAGCCCACAAAUCAUUUAGAUAUGCAGAGUAUUGAUGCUUUGGCUGAUGCACUGGAGCAGUUCACCGGUGGGGUUGUCUUGGUGAGUCAUGAUUCUCGGCUGAUAUCUCGUGUGUGUGAGGAUGAAGAGAAAUCUGAGAUAUGGAUCGUGGAAGAUGGCACUGUGAAAAAAUACCCCGGUACUUUUGAAGACUACAAGGAAGAUCUACUCCAAGAAAUCAAGGCAGAGGUAGAUGAAUGAAGCACAAGUUAGUUAUCUAUGAGUGAUACAAUAAGUUGUUUGGAGCUUUCAACAGUUUUUCUGUUAUUUUUCUUUAUAGUUUUAGAGACAUUGCUCUGGUCUUGAGUAUAUCUUUAUAUACAUUAGUGGAAGCUUGAUAUAUUUAUAUGUGAAAACAUGAACUUCGCAAUACAAAACAGGACUUCCAUUUUAUGAA